GGGUCAAGGAUGCUAUGUGUAAUGACGAUCAUUUUUUCAGAAUUAUUUAGUUUCUCAGAAUUCUGAAAAUCAAGUGCCUAUGACAUAUAUGGGAACAUAGCCUGUAUAAACUGAUUUUUAAAAGAGCAGUAUGUUUAAUAGCCGUUGCGUUGUAGUAAAAUGAUUUAAGAAAAAUGGUGACUGGUGCUUUAGCUCGCUAUAACAUCUGGAAUGGCUUAACAAUCAAUAGUAAAAUAGAUGUGCUGUGUAUGCUGCCUAGUGGUAUCUGUAUAACUCUUCAAAAGGUUCAGAUUGAUAUACCUUUAUCAGAAAUCAAAAAUAAACUUUGGCAAGAUGCUGCUCACUUUUCUAAUAAGACUGCUUUGCUUUCAAAAGAAAAUUAUGUUUUUGUUGCAGUAAGUGCUAAAGGUGGUACCGAGGAGUUAAUGGAUGAAGAGUUAUCCCUCUUUGACAUUAAACCUGUUAGACCUUAUCUGAAGAUUGUGCAAAAGCAAGGCGAUGAAUCAGUAAAAUUGAUUAGUUCAAAAAUAAAUUUAUUGAUUGGAAACAACACAAUUUCUUCCAAGAAUGAAGAAGUUGAUGAAUUUCGAAGCAAAUGUAUCCAGUUUUGUGAUUUUAUUUCUUAUCAACGCAGUCAAUCUAGUUGGGAUCGAAAGGCAAUUUACACUUACCCACCGGAAUUUGAAGAAGACUAUAAUCUUUCAUCAUCAUUAAAAGAAAAACUAAGAAUUGAAAAUAAUUGUAUUCAUUUAUCUGUAUCCAUUGUUAAAAAUAGUUUUAUAACAUUUAAAGUUGCUGAUAAUAUUUAUCCAAAAGAGCUCAUAGAAAAAGUUCUUUGUAAGAAGAUUCAAACAUCAAAGCUAGCACAGAAAGAGAAUGUAAAUGAUUAUGUUUUGAAAGUUUAUGGUCGCUUAAAUUUUUUCCUUGGUCAUGUUGUUACAGAUUCAUUUGGAAAUGAGAUUCUUGAAGAGAAACCUAUUUUACAAUAUAAGUAUGUUAGAGAUUGUUUGCAGUGGGACAAACCUAUCAGGUUGGUUCUUAUACCUAAAGCAGAUCUUGAUAUUGAAAAAGAAUGUGCAGCUCCUAUAUUAGAUAAUCCACCACCAACUCCAGAAAAACGAAAAAAAAAUGAAAUUUGUUUAUGGGAUAUUAGUCCAAAAACAUUAUUUAAAGUUAACAUAUUUGCAGCCAAAGGAAUUCAUAAUGCACAAAUGUGGAAAGAAAUACAUUGUGGUAUAUUUCAUGGUGGGGAAGAAGUUUGUAAGGUACAAUCAACUAAUAAAUUGCAACAAUCUACAACUCCACACUGGAAUGAAUUUCUUGAAUUUGAUCUCCCUGUUGCUGACAUUCCAAGAAUGGCACGGUUAUGUUUUAGUAUUGUUGGCUAUCAACAGAAUGAUCGCAAAAAGCGCAAGCCUGUAUGCAUUGGUUGGGUCAACAUGCCUAUUUUUAAUUAUAAAGCAUAUUUAAAAACUGGCACUUGUGCUCUAUACUGUUGGCAAUAUUCAAUUGGACGAAAGAAUGAAAAUCAAAAUUUUUUAAAUCCUCUUGGAACAGUAGCUUCAAGUGGUGAUGAAAACGGAGCUUGUCUUAUUAUUAAGUUAACUGAGUUUGCUCACCCUGUUGUUUACCCCUCAGAGGAAAAGAUAAUUCAAUAUGCUGCAGAUAAAAUAAAAGCUGAACAAGUAAAUGGCGAUCAACCGCAUCCUUAUUUGAGAAAAGGAGGUAAGCUGCAUAGACAACAAAUUGAAGAGGUCAUACAAAGAGAUACCUUAUUACCAAUGUUUGAAAAAGAAAAAGAACUAAUGUGGUUACUAAGAGUAGAAUGUUCUCUUGAAUAUCCUCAAUGUCUUCCAAAACUAUUGCAGUGUGUCAAAUGGAACAAUCGAGAUAGCGUUGCCCAGAUUCAUUUACUGCUCACAACAUGGAAAAUUGAUCCAUUAGAAGUUGAUGUGGCAUUAGAUCUUCUUGAUUAUAAAUUCCCUGAUAACAAUGUUCGAACUAUUGCUGUAAAAGUGCUUGAUAAUUUAACGGAUGGUGAAUUGGAAAUGUAUUUACUGCAACUUAUUCAGGCAUUGAAAUAUGAAUCUUACUUGGAUUCACCAUUAGCAAAGUAUUUACUGAAACGUGCUUUAAAUAAUCGACGGAUAGGCCAUUACCUGUUUUGGCAUUUGAAAGCUGAGGCUGGAAAUCUUGAAUGUUCUUUACAGUUUGGUCUAUUACUUGAACUAUAUUGUCGUGGUAGCGUUCAACAUAUUGAUAUCUUGACAAAACAGGUUGAAGCAAUUAAUAAGAUGAAAACCAUGACUGAAUAUCUUCAUCAAUGUAAAGAUCAAAGUAAAGAAGAUAAAAUAGAAAUGAUGCGAAAUAUUUUCAAUGGAUCAAGUUACAAAAAAGCUUUUUCAGAAAUAGUGUCUCCACUAGAUCCAAGUAUUAAACUGAAAUGUCUCAGGGUUGAAAAAUGCAAAUAUAUGGAUUCUAAAAAAAAACCACUUUGGCUAGUGUUUGAAAAUGUUGAUGAAGGAGCAGAUGAUGUUGUUAUCAUUUUUAAAAAUGGAGAUGAUUUGCGUCAAGAUAUGUUAACUGUAUUAUCAUUGCGAAUCAUGGAUAAUGUCUGGAAGAAAGCUGGACUUGACUAUGGUAUUAUUCCAUAUCGAUGUCUUUCUACUGGUCCAAUGCUCGGAUUAAUUGAAGUGGUACCAGAAUCUGAAACAUUAGGUAAGAUACAGUUUGCUCGUGGUGCUUUUGGUACAUGGAAAGAUGACACUUUUUUUUUGUGGCUGAAAGACCAAUGUCAAGGAUCAGAUGAGAAAUUGGAAAAAUUUAUACAGAACUUCACUAGAUCAGUUGUUGGUUAUAGUAUUGCUACAUAUGUGUUAGGAGUUGGUGAUAGACAUAAUGAUAAUAUAAUGAUGAAGAAGGAUACUGGUCAGUUGUUUCAUAUUGAUUUUGGACAUUUUCUGGGAAACUUUAAGACAAAGUUUGGAUUCAAAAGAGAGCGAGUUAAAUUUGUUUUAACUUCAGACAUUGUUUAUGUGAUUAGCAAACAUAUGAAUAUAGAUGACUUCAAGGACAUGUGUAUUGUUGCUUUCAAGACGCUUAGAAGUCGUGGAAAUUUAUUCAUUACCAUUUUUGCGAUGCUGCUGUCGACUGGAAUUCCAGAGCUUGAACAUCCUAAUGACAUAGAAUACAUACGUGAGUCCAUGGCGUUAACGAAAGAUGAAGCAGAUGCGGUUAAACAUUUUGAAAUGUCUUACAAAGAAGCCUACAAUAACCGAGCUUCUACUACAUUAAAUUGGAGUCUUCACAACGUAGUUCACAAUUGGUAAAUUUUUUUUUAUAAAUAUAUUAAUUAUGAUUUUUCCUCUCGGAAAUUUAAGGAAUUAUUAAUUAAGCAAUCUCCCGAAGCAGAAGCAGUUUUAUACCGCAUUUAUACCGCGGAUAUUUGAUACAAAUUAUUUUGUUUUAAAACACUCUUUUUUUGGUUUUAAACACAUCGCGAAUUAAUAUUAUUGAUUUUUUUUUA